CGGGUGUCGCCCAGCCGCGCGCCUGGCGGAGCGGCCCGCGAGCGGCGGUGCCGGGGAGGGCCGGGUUUUGGGGCGCCUGCCCGCGGUGACGCGCGCCCCCCGCCCGCCGCAGCGCCACUGCAAUGGCUGAGCGGGGCCGUCGGACGCCGCCGCCGCCUCGGAGCCGCAGCCGCCCGGAGCCCGCUCGCGGGGAGCCUCGGUGAGGAGACAAUGUAGUGCAGCAGCCUCCGAGGAGACACCUGCGGGAGCGUGGCGUGGACACCCAGUCCAGACGGAGCACCUGCCCCUGGGUGUCCCUCUGGCUAUCCAGCCUCACCAUGUCAAAGAAGGGCGCAGGCAGCCGGGCCAAGGGGGACAAGGCAGAGGCGCUGGCUGCGCUGCAGGCCGCCAAUGAGGAGCUUCGAGCCAAGCUCACCGACAUCCAGAUCGAGCUGCAGCAGGAGAAGAGCAAGGUCAGCCGGGUGGAGCGGGAGAAGAGCCAGGAGCUACGGCAGGUGCGGGAGCAGGAGCAGCGCAAGCACGCGGUGCUGGCAACGGAGCUCAAGAGCAAGCUGCACGAGGAGAAGAUGAAGGAGCUGCAGGCCGUGCGCGAGGCGCUGCUGCGGCAGCACGAGGCGGAGCUGCUGCGCGUCAUCAGGAUCAAGGACAACGAGAUCCAGCGGCUGCAGGCGCUGCUCAGCACGCUGCGCGGAGGCCUGCCUGACAAGGCCAAGGCCCUGCUGCUGUGCGAGGCCAAGGAGGAGGCCAAGAAGGGCUUCGAGGUGGAGAAGGUCCGGAUGCAGCAGGAGAUCUCGGAGCUCAAGGGCGCCAAGAGGCAGGUUGAGGCAGCGCUGACGCUAGCCAUGCAGGCCGACAAGGUCAAGGCCGCGGAGAUCCGGAGCGUGUACCACCUGCAUCAGGAGGAGAUCAGCCGCAUCAAGAAGGAGUGCGAGCGUGAGAUCCGCAGGCUGAUGGAGGAGAUAAAAUUUAAAGACAGAGCAGUCUUCGUGCUGGAGAGAGAGUUAGGGGUCCAAGCCGGGCAUGCCCAGAGACUGCAGCUCCAGAAAGAGGCUCUAGAUGAGCAGCUUUCCCAGGCCAAAGAGGCUGAGCGGCACCCAGGCAGCCCCAGACGGGAACUUCCUUAUGCAAGCGGUGCAGGAGACGCCUCAGACCACUCGGGAAGCCCUGAACAGCAGUUGGAUGAAAAGGAUGCCCGGCGCUUCCAGCUCAAAAUCGCGGAGUUAAGUGCUAUCAUCCGUAAACUGGAGGAUCGCAACGCCCUGCUCUCGGAAGAGAGGAACGAGCUGUUAAAGCGUUUAAGGGAAGCGGAAAGUCAGUACAAGCCAUUGUUGGAUAAAAACAAACGCCUUACUCGGAAAAAUGAAGACUUGUCUCACACUUUACGGAGAAUAGAAAGCAAGCUGAAAUUUGUCACCCAGGAAAACAUAGAGAUGAGGCAGAGAGCCGGGAUCAUCCGGAGACCCAGCUCCCUAAAUGACCUCGAUCAAAGUCAAGAUGAGAGGGAGAUCGACUUCCUGAAGCUACAGAUUGUGGAGCAGCAGAACCUCAUCGAUGAGCUCUCCAAGACCCUGGAGACUGCUGGCUACGUGAAGAGCGUGCUAGAGCGCGAUAAGCUUUUAAGGUAUCGGAAGCAGAGAAAGAAAAUGGCAAAGCUCCCCAAGAAGCCAGUGGUUGUGGAGACCUUCUUUGGAUACGAUGAAGAAGCUUCCUUGGAGUCCGAUGGAUCUUCCAUCUCUUAUCAAACUGACAGGACAGACCAGACCCCGUGCACUCCCGACGAUGACCUAGAGGAGGGCCUGGCCAAGGAGGAGACGGAGCUGAGGUUCCGGCAGCUGACCAUGGAGUACCAGGCACUGCAGCGAGCGUACGCCUUGCUGCAGGAGCAGGUCGGAGGGACACUGGACGCAGAGCGAGAAGUUAAGACCCGUGAGCAGCUCCAAGCAGACAUGCAGCGGGCACAGGCCCGGGUGGAGGACCUGGAGAAGGCACUGGCCGAACAGGGGCAGGACACGAAGUGGAUUGAAGAGAAGCAAGCGCUGUAUCGAAGAAAUCAAGAGCUCGUAGAGAAGAUAAAACAAAUGGAGACAGAGGAAGCCCGGCUGAAGCAUGAAGUCCAGGACGCGAAGGACCAGAACGAGCUGCUGGAGUUCAGGAUCCUGGAGCUCGAGGAGAGGGAGAGGAAGUCACCGGCCAUCAACUUCCACCACACACCCUUCGUGGAUGGGAAGAGCCCGCUCCAGGUGUACUGCGAGGCUGAAGGCGUGACGGACAUCGUGGUGGCGGAGCUGAUGAAGAAGCUGGACAUCCUGGGGGAUAACGCCGUAAGUAACCUGACCAAUGAGGAGCAAGUGGUUGUCAUACAAGCCAGGACGGUCCUGACCUUGGCUGAAAAGUGGCUCCAGCGGAUUGAAGAGACAGAGGCGGCACUGCAGCGGAAGAUGGUGGAUCUGGAGAGCGAGAAGGAGCUGUUCAGCAAGCAGAAGGGCUACCUGGAAGAGGAGCUGGACUACCGGAAGCAGGCCUUGGACCACGCUCAUAAGCACGUCCUGGAGCUGGAGGCCAUGCUGUUCGACGCCCUGCAGCAAGAGGCUGGGGCCAAGGUGGCGGAGCUGCUGUCGGAGGAGGAGCGCGAGAAGCUGCAGGCGGCCGUGGAGCAGUGGAAGCGCCAGGUCAUGAGCGAGCUGCGUGAGAGGGACGCGCAGAUCCUGCGGGAGCGCAUGGAGCUGCUGCAGCUGGCCCAGCAGAGAAUUAAAGAGUUAGAAGAAAGAAUAGAAGCUCAGAAGAGGCAAAUAAAGGAGCUGGAGGAAAAGCUUUCAUUCUCUGGUCAUAGCUGGUCUUGGCCCUCUGACGUGCCCCCCUCAGAGUCGGACCCCUGUCCUCCAGCGGGACCAGAGAGUGACAGGUGCUGGCAACGAACCAGGACACUGCAUCUCAUCCCUACAGACCCGGAAGGGUUUGAGCUCUACUCACCCAUCCUGUGGAGGACGAGGGGGACGGGACACUCUGAGAGGGGGGCACCUUCUGCUCGGGAUGAGCCGGAAUCAGAGCUAGUUCUGCUGUCUGGGGCCUCUCUGGGAGAGGCCUGGCCUUGGCUGCUGGACCCUGGGGUCCCCCCUCUCAGACAGCAGUCCCCAUCCUGGUCACCAGGAUGUGUGACGUUCCCUGCCAAGCAGGGGUAAGCCCCGCUCCUGCUCAGGAGCAAGCCCCGGGCGGCCCUCCUCCCGAUUCCUGUGGUAAUUGUCAGUGUUCUUGGAGGAAGAUCUUCAGAAAGGCACAGGACAAGGGGAGGCCCGGCGUCAGCGGCACACUCAUUCAGGAGGCUUCUGGGCACCACGGGUCACACAACGCCGAGGCUGUGACCCACUUGCUGGGGUCCUGAGCACUCACUGAGGACAAACCCACACCCACUCUUGUUCUGCUUCGUUGCCAUCUCGUGGGGACAGAGGACCGUGCCCACUGCCGGCCUCUCGCCCCACCCCGAGACAUGAAGGCCCAAAGCCGCGGAACUGCUGAGGGUGCUCGCAGGACAGUCCAGAACUGUGGCGCCCGCCAAACACCACCCAGCCUGAAGGCCCUCUGCAGCAGCCAAGGUAGCCAGAGCUUCCCCGUCCAGAGCAUCUGAGGCCAGGAGCAGGCCCAGGUGAGGAGACAGCAGCGCCUGGCUUUCCGCGGACGUCAGAGGGGAACCUGGAGCCUGGGGCCUGCAGGAGAAGACGGCACGUUGAUGAAGGCAGCUCUGAGUGAUCUCCAUUCCGGCUGGGGGAUCCUGUCCACAGCCCGGAAGUGCAGCAUGUGAACAAGACUGGCUCCCUGUUCCCAGGCGGUCCUGUUGCCAUCAUGUCCGCAGUGGUCCAAGGUCACCAUCUCUAGAGCUGAACCAAGAAGGGGUGUGUGUGUGAGGGUUUGUGCACGUGCACUGGAGCACAGCGCCUGGAUGGGAGCCCUUUUGAGCACCUAGAAGUUGAUGCACAGAGUGAGAUACGCAGCCACAAGUGCAUGUAACAUGCAGCAUUGCAUGAGGAUGUUUUUAAAGCUAGUAGCUGGAGGGAGGAAUGGCUAUGUUGUCUGAAAGUGUUAGGUUCAUUUUAUAUUUGUGUCAGAAGAAAUCUUCCACUCUGGUGCUGAUGGCAGAGUGGUGGUGGACCAGGCAUGGUUCCCUAGGUGAAAAUCAGGGAAAGCUUAUAGGAUCAGACAGAUAUGCUUUUUUUGGGUGGGUGCAGAAUCUCUGUUGGGAAAUGCACUAUUAACUGCACUCGUCCAAGAAGGACCCGUCCUUUCUGUUGUCAUUCAAGCCAGUUCCUGACUCACUUGGCCAAGAUGCUGGCCCAGAUCAGUGCCUCUCUAGCUAAGCCUGAUGUCAGGAUUUGUCUCUAGUCUGAGCUCUUAUUCAGCCUCUGUGCAUGGGUUGGUCUCAUUUUAAAGACUGCACCCUCUUGGUCCAUUGAUUGUACUCAGAAUGGAAUGGCAAACAAUAGCCUGAAUUAGUAAAAGCUGUCACAGAACCAGGGAUGAACUGUGGGGUCAAGUCUGAAGGACUCUGCAGUGCCAGUUUCCACAGAUAACUCCACUUGGCUCCCUGCCGGCCUGGCUGCCUCUGCAGGAGCUGCUGGGGCUGGUUCCAGUGUGUACCUGCAAGAGAACACCAGCUGAUUAGGAUCUACAGAUGUACUUUGAGACUUGCCCAAAUUCAAAUCCCUCUGGAUUGAUGAGAUCAUUGUGAUUUGCAUGUUGGGUGUAGGUCUGAAGGCUUGGUAAGCCCUCCUACCCCUCCAGACGUUAUAAAUCACAGUUCUAUAAUUUUGUUUUCAAAGGCUAAUUAUACAGGAAGGAGAUGCAUGUAAAUAUGUACAAAUGCUUAUGAAGUUGUUAUUGUUUAUAUGUAAAAGUAUGUACAUAGGAAAGGAAAAUGGCUGCUGAAUGUUUUAAAUAACACCCCAUGUACCAAACUGAACCGGCACCCCGCCACACUCCUAAAAGCACACACUGGGACUGUCCUUCCUCCUUCGAUACCAUUGCUCCCAUUCAUAUGUCAGAGGCACCUUCUCUUCAUCUGAUUACGAAAUCAGAACUGGGCUUCUGCCAAAAAAAAAAAAAAAAGGCAAAUAUUAGCAUUUAUCACUGAUUCUGCUGGGCUGGUGACGAGUGUCUGAAGAGCUCAAGUGUUUUGAAAUAAGGUGCAUUUUCUAAACCCCACGCCACACCUGUUAUUCCAAACAGUGGGCUGGACUGCAUUUCCUUGAGCAUUUGGGCUCUUCCUGCUAGCUCCUCAAACAGGAGAGAUCUGCAUGGGAGGCACCACCUGAUGGGGCAAGAGAAAGUAUCCUGAAAUGCCGCCAGGGUGUUUACGGCGUCACUGAGACAGGGACAGUCACAUCAUAUUCCAGUAGCAGUCACCAACCUGGCCGUGCUGUGUGCUCAGCAGAGGGACCCAAGUGUUCGGUUUACCUAAACUGGAAAUCCACGUAGGCUGCAGAUUCCUUGGUGGACCCCUGUGGGGUUGGCCUUGCACCCACGGUCUAGGGCUCCAGUGCGAAGGCCCAGACUGUGUCUCGAGCCUUCUGCCCUUGCAGAAUCUGUUGCCUUCAGGAAACCUGAGUGCCUUACGCAGCUUGUGAACACUGGUGAGUUGGGGUGGGGGAGCGCGUGGCUUUGAGGCAUGGAGAGCUGAUCAGCACUUACCAUCAGUCCAUCACUGAAACCUCAAGCUGGGUUGUGUGUUUUAACACAGUAAUGAAUUUAAGUUCAGGCUCAGGAAAAUCAUGUGAAUAUCUGUAUCAAAGCAUAUAUUUGUUUACUGUAUAUUUUUUAAAAAGCUUUAUUGUAAAUUUAUGCAAAAGUGAACAAGACUUGUUUUCUCAUGUCAAGAAGCCAGUUAGUAUUUGUGCUCUCUGAGGAAAUUCCUUAAUAACCACAUUCUAAACAUGUGAUUUCUGUUCAGUGCUAAACAGCAUUCACAGGCCUAACCUAGGUUUGUAUGGUAAUCAACUAUGAAAUUUUACACAUAUUUUUGUAUUGUGAUUCCUAUGAUAUAUACCAGAGAAUUUUUACUCAUUUGUAAAUUAUUGUACAGUUUUAAUAAAAAUCAUUUUAAAUCUUAGAAUAUCAAAGUAAGUCCCCCUAAGGAUUA